AUGCAGCUUCUGGAUAAGUUUCCCAUCGAAGGUGGCCAGAAGGACCAGCAAAGGAUCAUCCCCUUCCUCCCAGGCAAGAUCCUCUUCCGGAGGAGCCACAUCCGGGAUGUGGCUGUGAAGAGGCUGAAGCCCAUCGAUGAGUACUGCCGGGCACUCGUCCGGUUACCACCCCACAUUUCACAGUGUGAUGAAGUCUUUCGGUUCUUUGAGGCUCGACCUGAAGAUGUCAACCCCCCAAAAGAGGACUAUGGCAGUUCCAAGAGAAAAUCAGUGUGGCUGUCCAGCUGGGCUGAGUCUCCCAAGAAGGACGUGACAGGUGCCGACACCAACGCCGAGCCCAUGAUCCUGGAACAGUACGUGGUGGUGUCCAACUAUAAGAAGCAGGAGAACUCAGAGCUGAGCCUCCAGGCCGGGGAGGUGGUGGAUGUCAUCGAGAAGAACGAGAGCGGUUGGUGGUUUGUGAGCACCUCUGAAGAGCAGGGCUGGGUUCCUGCCACCUACCUAGAAGCCCAGAAUGGCACACGGGACGACUCGGACAUCAACACUUCCAAGACUGGGGAAGUGUCCAAGAGACGCAAGGCCCAUCUGCGGCGCCUGGAUCGCCGGUGGACCCUGGGCGGGAUGGUCAACAGGCAGCACAGCCGAGAGGAGAAGUACAUCACAGUGCAGCCCUACACCAGCCAAAGCAAGGACGAGAUUGGCUUCGAGAAGGGUGUCACCGUGGAGGUGAUCCGGAAGAACUUGGAGGGCUGGUGGUACAUCAGAUACCUAGGCAAAGAGGGCUGGGCACCAGCAUCCUAUCUGAAGAAAGCCAAAGAUGACCUGCCAACCCGGAAGAAGAACCUAGCAGGCCCUGUGGAGAUCAUUGGCAACAUCAUGGAGAUCAGCAACCUGCUGAACAAGAAGGCAUCUGGGGACAAGGAGACUCCACCGGCUGAAGGCGAAGGCUCUGAGGCCCCUAUUGCCAAAAAGGAGAUCAGCCUGCCCAUCCUCUGCAACGCCUCCAACGGCAAUGCCCUGGGCAUCCCUGAGAGGACUGUGUCCAAGCUGGCCCAGGGCUCGCCAGCUGUGGCCAGAAUUGCCCCGCAGAGGGCCCAGAUCA